AUGAAUGUAGAGUCCGUAACUUCAGACGCAAGAUCCGCCACAACGAGCGGCACACACUCCCCGUCGGGACCACGCCCAAACAGCCCUGCGAAGACCCUUGAGCACUAUGAGCUGUCCAUGGAUCGCAAGCUUGUCAUCAUGGCCUCCGUCGUCGGAACGCAGCUUAUACAGAUGAUCUCCUCCGGAACGGGCUUCGAUACAUCACUCGCCAUAUCCUCGCAGCUUGGUGUUCCAUCCAGCGCAAGUGCAGUCUGGGUCGCUGCCGCAUACACACUUACACAAGGCUCUUUCGUCUUACCCGGCGGGCGACUCGGUGCAUUGUAUGGCCACAAGAAUAUGUUGUUCCUCGGAGGGCUGGCCUGGAUCGCAUUCACCUUGGGGAGCGCGUUCGCACCAAACUUCAUCGCUCUCUGUAUUCUACGUGGGCUCUCAGGGGUGGGAGGCGGCAUCAUGGUCCCCAAUUGCGUCGCUUUACUAGGUAUCACCUUCCCGCCAGGACGUAUGCGAAACAUUGCCUUCGGUCUCUUUGGCUCGUCCGCGCCCGUGGGUGCCGCUGGCGGAUCUCUGAUUGGCGGUAUCAUUGUUCAAUUUGCGCCUUGGAAGUGGAUGUACAUAACAAUGGCUAUUGCGGGGUUCGCGGUCUUUGGCAUCGCGUUUCUGUCGACCCCUCGAGACUCGCCGGUUGACAAAGGCGGCUCACUCGAUUUGGCAGGGUCGUAUCUCGGCGUUGCCGCGCUCUUCCUCUUCAACUUCGCCUGGAAUCAAGCGCCGGCAGUGGGAUGGUCGACAGUCUACGUCUACGUUCUCCUAAUCGUCGCCAUUCUGCACGCCGUGGGGUUCGUCUGGUGGUCCCGUUCCUAUGCCCGUCAUCCGAUCGUCCCCUUCACAGUCUGGACGCGCCCCUCCUUCGGACCUCUGCUUCUCGUCGUCGUCUUGACGUUGAUGUCCUUCAGCGCGCUGAUAUGGUAUCUUUGCAUUUGGGAACUCAACAUCCGGCAUUAUACGUUGACAGCUACCGGCGCGAGCAUAGCUCCUAUCGUGGUAGUCGGAGCCGCCACAGCGCUCAUUGGUGCAUGGCUUGUACCACGAUUGCAGGCGCAAUACAUCAUGGGCAUGGGAGUUGGUGUUGUGCUUUGCGCGUCCAUCCUCGUGGCCACGAUGCCGGAGCAACAGGUGUACUGGGCACAGGCCUUCGUUGCCGCUCUCAUAUCCGGCGCUGGACCGGACCUCAUUGUCACCGCCGCGCAAGUCAUCACCAGCAACAGCGUGCCGCGGCGCGAACAGGGUCCUGUGGGCUCGCUCAUCGGCGCACUACAGACGUACGGGCUCAGUACGGGACUCGGGAUCGCGGGCACGGUCGAAGCUUAUGUCAACGACGGCGGGAGAAACGUUGUCAGGGGAUAUCGCGGCGGGCUGUUCCUCGCUAUCGGGCUCGCGGCGCUCGCGCUCGCCAUCGACCUCCUCUUCGUCCGGAUGCAGGCGGAUACGCGGGAGGGUUGGUCAGAGAGUGAUAUCCAUAAGCAAGAUGAGGAGAAGGCCACGGUCGGUGUAUAG